GUUUCCAAUGGUGGCGAUCACAGUGCGCUCAUUUGUUUAUCCAUUUGCGGCUCUGUCUACCCUUAAUUGAACCGAUGGACAUAUGAUGUUCUCUGUUUAAUUUAACUCAUUAGGCUUCUAAAACAUUUAGAGGAGAAGUGCAUGACCAGCUGCUCCAUGUGUGUGAUGUGUCCGGGAGCUCCGUGAACACAGGGGCAUUUCGGCAGGAUGCUCCGGCUGUUUGCAGCACUGCUGAUUGUUGGGAUUAUGCUCGCCUGCUUCACUUCCUGGGUGUUUGACAGCUAUGACACUGCUUGGCACUCUAAACGCAGUUUGGAUCAAUCCGGUGAUGAAAGCAUGAGCAUAAGCCUACCGUAUCCCGGCGGACAGCUGGAAAAUAUAUUUUGGUUUGUGCAGGUAUCUGACAUCCAUAUCAGUCGUUUCCGUGAUCCGAGACGCAUUCCAGAUUUUGAAAAGUUUUGUAGUAAAACUAUUGAUGUGAUAAAACCAGAUCUUGUGCUUGCCACAGGGGACUUAACAGAUGCAAAGACUGAGAGCAAAUUGGGCUCUCUCCAACAUGAGGUAGAGUGGCAGUCCUACCAGAACAUCCUUAAAAGAUCACGAGUGCUGGAGCGCACAAAAUGGAUUGACAUUCGGGGAAACCAUGAUGCCUUUAAUAUUAUAUCUUUGGAGAGUAUGAACAAUUACUACAGGAGGUACUCUGCCAAUCAGAAAGUUGGAUCCUUCCACUACAUCCACAGAACUCCCUUUGGAAACUACUCGUUUAUUUGUGCCGAUGCCACUCUAACCCCUGGGCCCAAACGGCCCUAUAACUUUUUUGGAAUCCUCAAUCAGACUCAGAUGGACUUGUUGGCGACAUUUAGAGAAGAGAGUCUGAGCAGUAACAAGUCCAUCUGGUUUGGGCAUUAUACCACAUCUACCAUCAUCUCCCCCUUUCCAGGAGUCCGAGAACUCAUGAGUACAGCUGUGGCAUAUCUAUGUGGGCACUUACAUACACUAGGAGGCUUCAUGCCAGUACUGCAUAGUAGACAUCAAGGAGGUACACUGGAGUUAGAGCUUGGAGACUGGAUGGACAACCGCAGGUACAGGAUACUGGCUUUCGAUCAUGACCUGCUUAGUUUCUCCGACUUGACAUUUGAGGACUGGCCAGCUGUGCUGAUCACCAAUCCCAAAGAGGCACAGUACCUGAACCCAGGAGUGGAGCCUCUGGGCCGCAUUCGCAGUUCAACACACAUCAGGGUCCUCGCCUUCUCAGAUUCAUCAAUCACAGCCGUGUUUGUGAGUGUGGAUGAAUUUCCACUGGGAAAAGCUGUUGGUGCAGGUGGACCACUGUAUGUGCUGCACUGGGAUCCAUCACUCUAUGCUACUGGACUGCACACCAUCAGUGUUAAAGUGGAGGACUCAGCAGGCCGCUCCAAUGUACGAGAGCAGCACUUCACCCUAGAGGAGGACCUCACCCCCAGCUUUGGCUUCAUGCAGUCCUUCAUCCUGCUCACAGAUCACUACAUACUGGCACGGAUUGCCUUUGUGGCAGUUGUGUUACUAAACCUAGGUGGGCUUGUAUUCUUCAGAUUUAUGCACGUGUCAUCUACAAGAGGGCUGUCUUCUCAAGUAUGGAUGUCCCUACAUCUUCUCAGUAAGAUGAACACCUUCUACUACUCUCUGCUGCUUUUCAACCUGUGCACAGCGUUGGGUCCAUGGUUCAUUGGAGAAGUAAUUGAUGGGCACAAUGGGGCCUGCUUUGCUUUUGGCGUGUUUGUGGAUGGGCAUUUUCUUGAAGGCAGUCUGACGUAUGUCGUGGGAAUUAUACAGGUGCUCUUCUUUAAUAUGCCUCUCACUUAUUACCUCUGCUGGAGUCUUCAUCACAGGUGUCGUGGCACCAAUUUCCACUCACACUUCUGCCGCCCAGGGUGCCGCUGGCGAACUCUGGUGAUGCACCUGGGCAUGCUGGUCCUUUUGAUCUGGCAGGCCUAUUCUUGCUACUUCCUGUUGGAGACCUACGGGCCACUUGCCUUCUUCCUGUCUCCAGUACGUACCUGGGCCCUGCUCAUGAGCCUGCUGCUGGUGUACAGGGUGUGGUGGGGACCGCCUCCUCGAUUCUCUGAUGGUAGCAAGACCAACAGGCCAUCGUGCCACUGA